CGGCCCGCAAACGGUUUUCGUCGACGACCGCGAGCCAUUCAUCGAUCGCGUCUCUCCUUUUUAACUCCACCCCGCCCCCGCCACGCGCGACUCCUGCGGGAGGCGGACGCGAAUCGCACGGGCGCAUAUGACGCCGGCGCCGACGCGCAGACUCGGACUGGAGUCGUAUUACACCCGCACGGGUUUGCUUUCGAGUUUCACGCGCGUGUGUGUGCAUGCAAUAUGGUCAGAUUAUCGCAAGUCUGAAUGGUGUGCGUAUAUAUAUUGUGGGUGUAACGGUGGCGCGCCGAACAUCACUUGCUGCAACGACAACAACAAAAACAACAACAACAAUAAUGCGCGCGCUGUUUCGAUUUGUUGAUAAAACAUUUUAAUUGUAAUAACAACAAUACAACGGUGUAUGAUAUUGUGUAUCGAUAUGAAAUAAUAAUAUAUGCGUAGCCGUGCGAAAUAGACAGCAAACGCUAUAAAGACGAGCGAUAUCGCGUACGUGCCUACGUGCGUAUAUUUAUGCGUGAAAUAUAGGUACAGGUACAUAAGCUAUUCGGCGUGCGCAAAUCUUUGUGGUGCGGUUGAUCGUCGCUGCUACAGUACCUGCGUCGUGAUGGAUGAGAACCUGAGCAGGGGCUACGUGGCCCUGGGAAAACGCGGCAACGUCUGUCCACUGGCUACGCCUCCGGUAGACAACAUGGGCAAGACUUACAUGGCUAUGUUGCUGGCGGGCGCCGGUUUUCUGUUCCCGUACAACAGUUUUGUCAUGGCUGUGGAUUACUUCCAAAACAAAUAUCCUGUUUCGAUGGUAGUUUUUGACAUGACGAUCGUGUAUAUCAUGGUGGCGUUUGUCGCCGUACUCACCAACAAUCUGCUCGUCGAAACACUGUCGUUCACGUGUCGCAUCAAUAUCGGUUAUGGACUGACGAUUUCGAUGCUAUUUUACGUGGGUGUUGUGGAAAUUUUGUGGGAGGACAUGUUCACGCUGGAUACGUCAUAUUACCUCAACUUGGUAGCCAUUGGACUUAUAGCAUGGGGCGCGACAAUCCAGCAGUCCAGUUUUUAUGGAUACACCAGUAUACUGCCUAUAAAAUACACGCAGGCCGUCAUGAUUGGAGAAAGUGCUGCCGGACUUUGGGUGUCCAUUAACCGAAUAUUCACGAAAAUGUUGACAAAGGACUUACGAAUAAGCACGUUCAAUUUCUUCGUGAUAAGUCAUCUGGUAGUGAUGACGUCAUGCGCGUUGUUCCAAAUAGUGCAAUCGUCUGAUUUUGUCAAAUUUUACAUCGCCCGGAGUGAAGAUUCGAAAAAAAAGAUUUCAUUGGAACCAACCGAAGAAUAUGUCGAUUCCGAACAAUCCCAACCAGAACCAUUUGCUGAAACUAGUUUAAGCACUGGAAAAAUAUUUAAAGACGAAAAUGCAUUUAGCUUUGCAAAUCCCAUGUAUGAUCCGAACGCAAAUAGCGUGCCAACGUAUAAAGUCGAAGACGUCAUGGUACAUGUGGAAACAGGAAGUUCUUUUAAGCUACGAAAAUCCACCUUGUCUGAAUUUUGGGAUUCAUUUAAGAGUGGAUAUAAGUUGAGGAAAGAAGUAUCGAAGAUCAUAUGGAAACAAAUGUUGGCGAUUUUCCUUUGCUACUUCGUGACGCUGAGCAUAUACCCGGGAGUACUUUCCGAUCUAGUCAGCCCGAGAUUUGGCACGUGGAUGCCCGUACUCGUGAUGACUGUAUUCAACUUAUUUGACCUUAUGGGAAAGUUGUUGGGAGCUUAUUUGUGCGAACGAUGGGAUGACAAAAUACUGAAGAGCACCGAAAAACGUCUAUUCAUGAUUCCCGCCAUUCUGCUUAUCGUAAUAGUUCAACAUCCAUUCCACACGAAAAUCAUCAGUGAAUUCAUGAUUAUUCUGCUAACGGUCGUGCUCGGCGUUACCAAUGGCAUCACCGGCAGCGUUCCAAUGAUUUUCGCGCCGGCAAAGGUCGUCGAAGAACGACGCGAACUUGCGGGUAACAUAAUGACGAUAUCGUACAUAGCCGGUACGACGGCGGGUAGCGUGUUCGCUUACGUGCUGGACCGGUUCAUACACUACGAGAUCGGCUUCUCGGUCAGCUGGUCCGGCAGCGAUUACCACAAGAUGUUGGCAGCCGGGGCCGCUAUGGUGGACACCAUGGACCAUUUCAACAGCAGCAUCAUCCAAGGCAUAGAGGACUCGGGCAACGGCACAGGGUCGCCGCCCCUGCAAUCCACGGUCGCGCGUUUGGGCAAUCUGCUGCUGUCGGCCGGCAUCAAUACGACGACCGCGACGACCGGGUUCCCGGGAUAGCCGUGACAGGUGGUAAGCCCACCUGUUGCAGGACGCCGCGUGUACAUAAAACUACCUAUAUAAUUACGAUAUUAUUAUCGUUUUUUUUUUUUUUUAAAUUAUUAACAUAUUGUAUUGUAAUUACGUUUGACGCACCUGGGCGGUCGAAGAGCCGAUAGGAAAUGGCGCUUGACAGCCGCUGCAUUAUAAUAUAAUAUAUAGUAUUAUAGUAUGCCGUGAUAUAAUAUUGGCAAUGUUAUUGUUCA